CCCUGGCGGGAUGGUGCCACGGUGCCAGGUGGAAGUGUUGUAUUUUGCAAAAAGUGCUGAAAUAACAGGAAUUCGCUCAGAGACCAUUUCUGUGCCACAAGAAAUAAAAGCAUUGCAGCUGUGGAAUGAGAUAGAAAUGCGCCAUUCUGGAUUGGCUGAUGUCAGAAAUCAGGUGAUAUUUGCUGUUCCUCAAGAAUGUGUCGAGCUUGGAGGUCAGCUCCUCCUGCUUCAAUCAGGAGAUGAAAUUGCCAUUAUCCGUGCCCCCCCCCCACCAUUAGUGGAGGAUAGUGCUUUUGAGCCACGUGGGAAAAAUAUAAAUGAAGUUGAAGAGAAAUCUAAAGGCAGUUGCCCAAUGCUUGGCGGGGCUGAACCUGCCCGGAGCUCAUCUCCACGAAGAACGCGACUAAAGCCCCUGAAGGCCGCCGCCCGCGCUCUCGCGGCUCUCUCCGCCCAGUCCUGCACCCGCAGCCCCGCGGAAAGCUGCGUCUCGGCCGGAGCCUGA